UUGGAAGCUAGUACUAAUCAGUAAGGUCAAUAAUGCAUCGUUUACUAGCUGUUUUAUUUUUUGCAGCAUUCGUUAAAGGAAAUAAUUUCAACCAGCAAGAAAAGAUACAACAAAUUUCAAAUAGUCAUGGAGGUAUGAGCGCUUUUGAUGCUUUUGGAGCUUCACCUCUUGGAACUUCAAGCUUUGGACCUGUUGGAAGUUCAAACUUCGGACCUGUUGGAACUUCAAGCUUUGGACCUGUUGGGACUUCAAGUCUUGGAUCGUCACCCCUUGGGACUCCUAGCUUUAUUCCUUCACCUAUUGGGACCUCAAACUUUGGUCCUUCAUCUAUUGGGACUUCAAGCUUCAUUCCUUCACCUAUUGGAACAUCCAGCUUCGGCCCUUCAUCUAUUGGGACCUCAAACUUUGGUCCUUCAUCUAUUGGGGCUUCAAGCUUUGGUCCUUCAACUCUUGGAACUUCAUCCUUCGCACCUCUUGGCGUUCCAUCUUUUGGUAAUGUUCAAGGUAUGAGUGGAAACUAUCAAGGUUUUGGAGGCGCCCCAGGUUUUGGAAAUGUUCAAAGUUUCGGAAGCUCUCCAUUGUCAAGUUAUGAGCAUCGUCGGACAAUUAUUAUGCCCUCAUCUUACGGAUUUGGGCAUCCCUUUACUUCUUUACCUAUGAACUAUGCAGCACAUAUGAUGCCUUAUGAGCCACAAGUUUAUGCUGAACCAAUGAUUGGCUCUUCAUUUUUGGGUUCCUCAAUGUACUCUCCUCAACCGAUGUUUGGAUCGUCAAUGAUGGGAUCACCAAUGAUGAGUUCGCCAGUCACUUAUACACCACCAAUUGUAGCCGAACCAAUUUAUUCAGGGAUGAUGGGUUCUUCAUAUAUGGAACCUUCGUAUGUUAGUGCUCCGUAUGUUGAAUCAACUUUUAUUGGACCGCCAUUACAAAGAUCGCCAAUGGUAACACCACUUGCUCCACCAAUGAUGAGAUCUCCUGUUGUAGGAACUGCUGUUUACACGCAACCCGUUCUCUUUGCAGAUGAAGAUGAACAUCAUGAUGAUGAUCAUAAAUAAAAAUGCAUUUCAGAAAAGGAAUUCCCACUUUAAACAAUGAUCACAAAACAAGUGGUUUCUUUUGUCAAUCUGUAAAGUUUAUAAUAAUAAAAGUCUUGACACCUCAUGGCACU